AGACCAUCAAGUUUUACAACGAACAAAGAAACAUACAUCACAGCUAAAGAUAAAUCAUUUCUCGACCGUUCAAAGCCGUUUGAUCAGAAUCUGAUCAUGGACAAGGUGAUGAGAAUGUCAUCAGAGAAAGGAGUUGUGAUCUUCACCAAAAACUCGUGCUGUCUUUGCUACGCCGUGCAGGUCCUUUUCCGUGACCUUAGGGUUCAGCCAAAAGUCCACGAGAUCGACAAUGAUCCUGACUGCCGCGAGAUCGAGAAGGCAUUAGUCCGUCUUGGCUGCGCCAACGCGGUUCCUGCUGUUUUUGUUAGUGGUAAGCUGGUGGGUUCGACCAACGAUGUUAUGUCGCUUCACCUAAGUGGAUCUCUCGUUCCCUUGAUCAAGCCGUAUCAGUCGUUCCAUAACUAGAAAAUGAAUCGAUCACUACGAAAAGAUAAUGGUGUGAAAGAUAACACGUAAAUGUGUGUCAUGUUAUAUUGAUAUAAUAUAACUAAUGUUUAUGUUUUGUUUAGCUCAUGUCUAAGAAAUUAAUUAGCUAGCAUUUGUAUUUCCAGCUUAAUUAAUCAGUGGAUGUACUGAACUACUGAUGUGUAUCUAUUGUUAUGGAUGAAAUUAUUUUUUAUAUGUUAAA